AUGUCGGAUUCCGGCCGGUUAGAGGAUCCGAAUCCUGAUGCAAGUGCAAGCAGCUCGAACACAACUACCACUACGACUUCGGAAGAGGAGAGACUCGUGAAAAAUGCUCAAUGUGCGAAAAAGGAGUUGGAAGCGUACUACAAAAAACAAAACGAAAUACUGGAUCACUACAAACAAGACAGCGAACAGAUAGAAGCGACACGGCGGACACGUAUACGUCUUCGUAGUUCCACUGCCGUUUCCGGUGAUUCAUCAGCAGAAUCUGACGUCGAGAAUCAGCAAGAAGCAUUACGGAGAGCCUCCACAAUCUCCAUGAAAUCAUCGAAAGAUUCUCUGCUUCUUCGUCACGAAGACGCUCAGAACGAGGAGUUGAAAUUGGCGAAAGCGGCCGCCCGUCUCGCGAAUAUCACUCUUUUCGUGAAUUUAGUUCUGAUGAUUGCCAAGAUUGUGGCCUCUUAUCUCUCCGGAUCCAUGUCAAUCAUCUCUUCUAUGGUGGAUUCCGUCGUUGAUUUGACAUCUGGAGCCGUGUUAUCGAUUAGUUCCAGAAUGAUUCGGAAACGUGAUCCGUAUCAAUAUCCUCGUGGAAGGACUCGUGUUGAGCCACUUUCUUUGAUUCUGAUCAGUGUUAUUAUGGGAAUGGCUAGUGUUCAAUUGAUCAUCUCCUCGGUUACACGGAUUCAUGAUGCUGCCGCCGAUGGCCAAAAAGACGAGAUCAACGUGAGCUGGCCAACGAUUGGAAUUAUGGGAUCGACGAUCGCCGUGAAACUCACUCUCUUCUUCGUCUGUCAGAAAUACAAAUCCAACUCAUCCAUCAAAGUGCUCUCUUUGGACCACCGCAACGACUGUAUCUCCAUCACAAUGGCGUUGGCGUGUGCCUGGCUCGCCUACUACUACGGUGCCAAACCGGGUGAAUCCAACACGGGCGUCUCACUCCUCGGACUGUGCCCAUCCACCGGAUGUGACCUAUACUAUCUCGAUCCAACCGGCGCCAUCAUCGUCUCAUUCUACAUCCUCUACACGUGGAUCCGAACCGGUUACGCCCAUUUCGUGAUGCUCAGUGGAAAGUCCGCACGACCGGAACUCAUCAAUCGAAUCAUUCAUCAAUGCAUAGAGCACGAUCCGAGAAUCACCCAUAUCGAUACGGUUUAUGUGUAUCAUUAUGGUACCAAGUUCCUUGUUGAGUUAAUUCCUCCCAGAAACACUUCUCCGUUGACUAAAAUAUCAGUUUCAUCGAAUGAUAGAAACAUGCAUUGUAGUCUUGGAUUAGAGCCACGAAUCCAAUGUUUGAGAAAUUGA